CGGGGCCCCGACGACUCCACCGGCAGCAGCAGCAGCAGCGGCGGCGGCGCCUCCUCGCCUGCGGCCCGGCCCCGAGCGCAGCGCGGCCCCCGCAUGAGCCCGGGCGGCGGCGGCGGCGGGAGUGACCGGGAGCAGCAGGCCGCGGCGCCCAGAGUGGUGAAGAAUUAGGAGAAGCUGCAGUUGUUCAGCUGAGUGGAACUAAAUGGGUGGCUUCCCUCUGGACCCUCACUUCACUGUCUUAGGUACAAGAACUGUAGAAGUCCAUUUUAGAAUUUGAAAGAAGUUGUUUCUGCAGCUCUGGAAAGAUAUGCCAUGGAAGUAAUCAGCUGGGGUGGUCCCAGGGCGCUCUGGGCACGAGUAUUGCUGAGUGAUCAUUGGCUGCCACCUGCGUGACAAAGUAAAGGACCAACCCUUCAAUUUAUACCGGUGGAGCCAGAUCACGGGAAACAAUUGACAGAGUUGUUAAGCUUAUGCUUAGCCCAACGUGAUACAGGACUGGUGUGACAACUCAUUUUUAAUCAGUGACUCAAAAUUGUGAUCACCCUGAUGUCACCGAAUGGCCACAGCUUGUAAAAGAUCACCAGGAGAACCUCACUCUGAAAACAUUGAAACUAGCCGAAUGAAGCGAGCAGCUGCAAAGCAUCUAAUAGAGCGCUACUACCACCAGUUAACUGAGGGCUGUGGAAAUGAAGCCUGCACGAAUGAAUUUUGUGCUUCCUGUCCAACUUUUCUCCGUAUGGAUAACAAUGCAGCAGCCAUUAAGGCCCUCGAGCUUUAUAAGAUUAAUGCAAAACUCUGUGAUCCUCAUCCCUCCAAGAAAGGAACGAGCUCAGCUUACCUAGAAAACAAUUCCAAAGGUGCCCAUAACAAUUCCUGCACUGACAGAAAAAUGAACAAGAAGGAAAUGCAAGGCCCAAGAGAUGACUUUAAAGAUGUGACUUUUCUAACAGAAGACAAGAUAUAUGAAAUUCUUGAACUAUGUCGAGAGAAAGAGGAUUAUUCCCCUUUAAUCCGGGUGAUUGGGAGAGUAUUUUCUAGUGCUGAAGCAUUGGUACAGAGUUUCCGAAAAGCCAAGCAGCACACCAAGGAGGAGCUCAAGUCUCUUCAAGGAAAGGAUGAAGACAAAGAUGAAGAUGAAAAGGAAAAAGCUGCCUGUUCAGCUGCUGCUAUGGAAGAAGAUUCAGGCGCAUCAUCAUCUUCGUCGUCAAGAAUAGGUGAUAACACACAGGGAGAUAAUAACCUCCAAAAACUAGGCCCGGAUGAAGUGUCUGUAGAUAUUGAAGCAGUCAGACGGGUCUAUGAUAGAUUACUUUCUAAUGAAAAAAUAGAAACUGCCUUUUUAAAUGCACUUGUGUACUUGUCACCUAAUGUGGAAUGUGACUUGACUUACCAUAAUGUGUACUCUCGGGAUCCUAACUAUCUGAAUUUGUUUAUUAUCGUUAUGGAGAAUGGCAAUCUUCAUAGCCCAGAAUAUCUGGAAAUGGCUCUACCAUUGUUUUGCAAAGCAAUGAGCAAACUACCCCUUGCAGCUCAAGCAAAACUGGUCAGAUUGUGGUCUAAGUACAGAGCAGACCAAAUUCGGAGAAUGAUGGAAACAUUUCAGCAGCUUAUUACUUACAAAGUCAUAAGCAAUGAGUUCAAUAGUCGUAACCUAGUGAAUGAUGAUGAUGCUGUUGUUGCUGCUUCAAAGUGCUUGAAAAUGGUUUACUAUGCAAAUGUAGUAGGAGGGGAUGUGGAUACAGAUCAUAAUGAAGAGGAAGAUGAAGAACCCAUCCCAGAAUCAAGUGAACUAACUCUUCAAGAGCUGUUGGGUGAGGAAAGACGAAAUAAAAAAGGUCCUCGAGUGGACCCACUGGAAACUGAACUUGGUGUUAAAACUAUAGAUUGCAGAAAACCACUUAUCCCUUUUGAAGAAUUUAUUAAUGAACCACUGAAUGAUGUUCUAGAAAUGGACAAAGACUACACUUUCUUCAAAGUAGAAACAGAAAAUAAAUUCUCUUUUAUGACCUGUCCCUUCAUAUUGAAUGCUGUUACCAAGAACCUGGGAUUGUAUUAUGACAAUAGAAUCCGGAUGUACAGUGAAAGACGCAUAACUGUGCUCUACAGCUUAGUUCAAGGACAGCAGCUCAACCCCUAUUUGCGACUUAAAGUGAGACGUGAUCACAUCAUAGAUGAUGCGCUCGUCCGGCUAGAGAUGAUUGCCAUGGAAAAUCCUGCAGACUUGAAGAAACAAUUGUAUGUUGAAUUUGAAGGAGAGCAAGGGGUAGAUGAAGGAGGUGUUUCCAAAGAAUUUUUUCAACUGGUUGUGGAAGAAAUCUUCAAUCCAGAUAUUGGGAUGUUCACAUAUGAUGAAUCUACAAAACUGUUUUGGUUUAAUCCGUCCUCUUUUGAAACUGAGGGUCAGUUUACACUGAUUGGCAUAGUACUGGGUCUGGCUAUUUACAAUAACUGUAUACUGGAUGUACAUUUUCCCAUGGUUGUCUACAGGAAGCUAAUGGGCAAAAAAGGAACUUUCCGUGAUCUGGCAGACUCUCAUCCUGUUCUUUACCAGAGUUUGAGAGACUUACUAGAGUAUGAAGGAAGUGUGGAAGAUGAUAUGAUGAUAACGUUUCAAAUAUCUCAUACGGAUCUCUUCGGCAAUCCAAUGAUGCAUGAUUUAAAGGAAAAUGGUGAUAAAAUUCCUAUUACAAAUGAAAAUAGAAAGGAAUUUGUCAAUCUGUAUGCUGACUAUAUACUCAAUAAAUCAGUAGAAAAACAGUUCAAGGCCUUUCGGAGAGGAUUCCACAUGGUGACCAAUGAAUCUCCUUUGAAAUAUUUAUUUAGACCAGAGGAAAUUGAAUUACUUAUUUGUGGAAGUAGGAAUUUAGAUUUUCAAGCACUAGAAGAAACUACAGAAUAUGAUGGUGGCUAUACAAGAGACUCUCUUAUUAUUAGGGAAUUCUGGGAAAUAGUUCACUCAUUUACAGAUGAACAGAAAAGACUAUUCUUACAGUUUACAACAGGCACAGACAGAGCCCCUGUGGGAGGACUUGGAAAGUUAAAGAUGAUCAUAGCCAAAAAUGGCCCAGAUACAGAGAGGUUACCUACAUCUCACACAUGCUUUAAUGUACUUUUGCUUCCGGAGUACUCAAGCAAAGAAAAGCUUAAAGAAAGAUUAUUGAAGGCCAUCACAUAUGCCAAAGGAUUUGGCAUGCUGUAAUAGAUAUAACAAAAGGGAUUAAAAAAAUGAUGGUGAUGAUGUCCCUGUCCAAAAAGGCCAUAAGAUAGUGAGCUACAGUAGUCACCUGUGUUUGUGCCUCCCUUCUUUACUGGGGACAUUGGGCUGGAACAGCAGAUUUCAGCUGCUUAUAUGAACAAAAUCUUUAUUUUUUCUUUUAGCGUGAAAGUGUUACAUAUUCUUUCACUUGUAUGUACAGAGAGGUUUUCCUGAAUAUUUAUUUUAAGGGUUAAAUCACUUUUGCUUGUGUUUAUUACUGCUUGAAGUUGAGCCUUUUUGAGUAUUUACAAGAAAACAAACUGUACUCUCCCAAGGAAAAUAUUGCCAUCAUUUGUAGACCAUGUAACCUUCAAGUAUGUGCUAUAUUUUUGUCCCUGUAUCUAAUCAAAUCAAGAACUGUACUUUUUGAAGAGUUUGCUUUUGAAACUUGAAGUCUUGGAAAACAGUGUGAUGCAAUUACUGCUGUUCUAGCCCCCAAAGAGUUUCUGUGCAAAAUCUUAAGAAUCAAUAAAGAUGGAAGGGAGAACUUGGAAUGUUAAAUUGCAGCCUUGAGAACUUUACUUUAGUCACAGCACAACAAUUAAAAUUCAUUUCACUAUA